AUGAUAGAAAGAGAUGCUGGCACUGGAUUACGUCUACAGACGGAGCUGCAGCGGCUGCGGGAGGAGCAGCAGCAGCUGCAGCAGCAGCUGCAGCAGCUGAACCCGAACUUUAAAGUGCAGCAGAAGCUGAGGGAGAUGGAGGCGCAGCUGCAGCAGCAGGAGGAGCUGCAGCAGCAGCAGCGGCAGGCAGCAGCAGCAGCAGAAGCUAAACUCAAGCAGCUACGAAUUCAGAGACGAGAUGCCUUCAUGAAGUGCUUCGUUCACUGUCAAAAUGUUUUAAGUCUCAUCUUUGCUCAUUUAUCGGCAGGAGGACCCAUGCAAGACCAGCAGCAGCAGCAGCAGCAGCAGCAGCAACAGCAGCAGCAGCAGCAGCAGGACGGGGCGACAUCGGAUAUGCUCAUGCUGGAAGACAAUCUGCAGGAGCCCUGGCAGCAACAGCAACAGCAGCAGCAGCAGCAGCAGCAGCAGCAGUUUGAUGCAGGGGGGGCUCAGGCGUUUCUUGACUUGGAGAGUUCAGCCGCCUUUGCGAGAGAAGAAGAGCCUUUUAAUUGCGGGGUGUCUUUAAUUUGUAAAUUUCCUACAAAACGCUUUAUGCAUUUCUCUCAACUCAGCGGCGGAGAGCAGCACGUCGCGGGUUUGUCUCUGGCUUUGGCGUUGUCUUCAUUCAAUUCUAAGGUGCCUUUUCUGCUGUUGGACGAGAUUGACGCUCAUUUAGACAAAACGCGUUUGAGUCGUUUGGCUGCACUUUUGAGAGAAAUUUCGGGGGGUAGCAAAAUCCAGUGUAUGUUCAUCACCCACAAAGAAAGGCUAUUUACAGCUGCAGAUUUAUUAAUAGGAGUUGUAGAAGACUCUCUGCUUCCCUCGUCUUCUCGUUGCUUUUUCUUUGAUGUUCGCCCGUACAGACACCGCGAGCCCCCUUGUGCAGCAAAUUAA